GCGGCGGGCGGUGCCCUGUGCCCGCGGCCCUGCUCGUGGCCCGGGCCGCCGGGACCCAGCUCGCAGGCCCCAGGAGCCCGCUGUCCUCCGCGUGGGAACGUCCUAGACCAGGUGGCCUAAUGACGGAUUCUGCAGAAGUGAAACCGUCCUUCCGCGGGAGGCAAAAAGGGCCCUGGGGCAGAGCCCGCACAGGAGCCCUCAGCGUCCAGCCGCCGCUGUCCGAGCAAUGCUGGAGGAGCCUCCGGGCCUCCCUGAGCCCCACGUGCCCGGCUCCGCUGCAAGGUGACGUUCUACUCUGCCGUCUGUGUUUCGGACACGUUCUUACAAUGGAGUUCCUUGAUUUGGGGAAGCACUGUUCAGAGAAAGCGUGCAAGCAGCUAGAUUUUCUUCCGUUAAAAUGUGACGCGUGUAAACAAGAUUUGUGUAAAGAUCUUACCUAUGCUGCAUAUAAGGGUCCCCUUGCAUUCACCAAGGAUGGCCGGGUCCCGGUGUGCCCACUCUGUAACGGCCCUGUCCCAGUGAGACGGGAGGAGAGCCCCGAUGCGGCGGCCGGAGCGCACGUGGAUGGAGGCUGCCGGCGCCCCCCGGGCAGGAGACAGAAGGCGAGGCAGGUGUUUAUGUGCCGGUGCUCCAGAGAGGGCUGCAGGAGAGAGAUGCUGCGGGUGGCGUGUGAGGAGUGCAGCGGCAGCCUCUGCCUCCAGCACAGACGCCCUCUGGACCACGGCUGCGCCUGCAGGGGCCACCCCGGCAGCUUAGCCGGGUGCUUGGAACCCAGGCUGUCGGUUUCCCGCGAGGGGCUGGGCGGCUGGCCGACCCGGCGCUUCAGGCGUGGCCCAGGACAGGUCGGGGGGACGGUCACGCUAAGCACUCACGGCGCGGCUCCUGCCUGGCCGCUGGGGCUCUGAGCCCCCGUCCUGGCCAGACGGGGGAGAGGGCGUGCGCCAGCCUGCAGGCUCCUCAGUCCCGGGUGACCCCGAGAGGCACUUCACCGCUGGCGUCUGAAGCCCUGUGGGUGGCGAAUGUUCUGUGCGUGACUGCCCACUUCUAGUUAAU